GCCCAUAGGAUUGCUUAAAAUGCAGUACGAUGGGAGAAGAAGAAGAUGAAUAAGACAAGGAACCACAAAUAUUAAUAUACAAUUCUCCUUAUCUUCUUCUUGUAUAGUUGUUUCGGCUUUGAACUCUGAAGAACUAUCUGCUUUCUUGUUCGCAUCGAUCUGGCAAUGGAGUUUGAUUCGCUAACCCGACUCAGAGCUUCCGCCAACUCCUUCUUGGCCCAGUACGAGCCUCUUGCUCUGCUUCUCGCUCCGCUGCUCUCUCUGCUCGUUGCUCGGGGUUUUCAAUCUUUCUUCGCUGUUAUCCAUGAACAUGGCCUCAAAGCUACGCUUGUUGGGUUCUUCAUGAGCUUAGUCAAGUUGUUGCCAGGCGUGAAAAGGUAUAUCGAUUCCGAGAAACAAAAGGUUGUAGAAAAGAUGCAAGCUUCUGGUAAAUCUAAGAGAGAUGGAUGGAGAACUGAUUUGCCGAAGAAUGGUUUGGGAGACGGUGUCAUAGAGAAAAUGAGAGAUGAGAAAGAGAAAGAUGUGAACUGGCAGGGCAAAUGUUCUGGUACAGUCUAUAUUGGAGGGAAUGAGAAUGAAGGGCAUUUUUCUUUGAUAAACCAAGCAUGUUCAAUGUUUGCCCAUACCAACCCGCUACAUAUGGAUGUAUUUCCUAGUGUCGUAAGAUUUGAAGCUGAAGUUGUUGCAAUGACAGCUGCACUUCUUGGAAGUAAGGAAAAAUCUUCGGGAGGACAAAUUUGCGGAAACAUGACAUCUGGGGGGACUGAAAGUAUAUUGUUAGCUGUUAAAUCAUCACGUGAUUAUAUGAAAGCUAAAAAGGGAAUCACUAAGCCGGAAAUGAUAAUACCGGUAUCUGCCCACUCAGCAUAUGACAAGGCUGCAGAGUAUUUUAAGAUCAAGCUGUGGCGAGUUCCUGUAGAUAAAGAAUUUCGAGCAGAUUCAAAAGCUAUUAAGAAAUAUAUUAACAAAAACACUAUAAUGAUUGUUGGGUCAGCACCUGGCUUCCCGCAUGGAAUAAUUGAUCCAAUUGAGGAGCUGGGUGAAUUAGCUUCUAGCUACAAAAUUUGUUUACAUGUGGACCUUUGUCUGGGUGGAUUUGUAUUGCCAUUUGCUCGUAAACUUGGGUAUCCUGUCCCACCAUUCGAUUUCACUGUUCAAGGAGUAACCUCAAUAUCUGUGGAUGUACACAAGUAUGGAUUGGCUCCAAAGGGAACCAGUGUUGUUUUAUACAGAAAUCAUGACAUUCGGAAGCAUCAAUUCGUUGCUGUUACUGAAUGGACUGGCGGGCUUUAUAUUUCUCCCACCAUUGCUGGGAGCAGGCCCGGAGGUCUGAUUGCUGGAGCUUGGGCAGCGAUGAUGUCCCUCGGACUGGAAGGUUACCUGGAGAAUACUAAGCAGAUCAUGGAAGCGUCUAAGAGAAUUCAGAAAGGAAUACAGGAGAUUCCAGAAUUGUUUGUCAUCGGAAGGCCUGACAUGAGUAUUAUUGCCUUCGGGUCCGAUGUUGUAGACAUAUUUGAAGUCAAUGAUGUGUUGUCGUCCAAAGGAUGGCAUUUAAACGCACUGCAGAGACCCAAUAGCAUUCAUAUUUGCGUUACACUUCAACAUGCAUCAGUCGCUCAAGAGUUUGUGAAGGAUGUCAAAGACGCUUUCCAGACUGUGAAACAAAACCCAGGUCCUAUGAGUGGAGGGCUUGCUCCAAUAUAUGGCGCAGCUGGGAGGAUACCGGAUAGAGUUAUGGUUAAAGAUCUAUUGAUAGAUUACAUGGAUGGAACAUGCUAGUGUCAUUGCUCUGUUACUCCAUGAUUCUUUCUUGUAGUGGGAACAUAUCCCAGAAACUUUGUAUUGAUGAUUGCCAAUGUUUACAACAAGAACAUAAAUAAAAUGAAAAGCUUCACUAUGUUUAAAACAUCA